AUGGAGUGGCUGGAUUCCAAACCGGAAUCCUCUGUUCUCUACGUGAGCUUCGGCAGCUGGGAGGUUCUGGUGGACGAUCAGAUAACGGAGCUUGCGCGAGCAUUAGAAUCCAGCGGCUGUUUCUUCCUGUGGGUGGUGAGGCUCGCUCCAGGAUCCAGCAUUGGGAGCUUGCUGCCACAGGGAUUCGAGAGCAGGGUGAUCGCCCCUGGACGUGGUUUGAUCGUCACGACUUGGGCGCCUCAACAGGAGAUUCUCAAGCACCAGGCAACUGGAGGAUUUGUGACACACUGCGGCUGGAAUUCCGUGCUGGAGUGCGUUUGCUUGGCGGGUGUGCCAAUGGUUUGCUGGCCUUUGAUCUCGGAUCAACCGACGACGUGCCGGUUUGUGGUGGACGGGCUUAGAAUCGGAGUCGAGAUCCACGAGGAUGCGAGUGGUUUCGUGGAUAGGGGGGAGAUUGAGAAUGCCGUAAAGAUGGUGAUGGUGGAAGGCGCUGAGAUGCGGCGCAUUGCCGAGGAGUAUAAGAGACUAGCAGCGAUUGCCGCUAGCGAGGAGGGGAGCUCGAGCAUCAGCUUAAGAGAAUUCAUGGACAAGGCACUCAAGGGACGAAGUUAUGUCCCUUGCAACUCCGGGAACUCUACGUGA